GCCAGUCUCAAUUGGGAAGUGGCUUGUUUGCCUCAGGCGUCGAAUCUGCGAGAAGCACUGAGUCAGCGGCAAAGCUGCCGGACAAGAUGCAGAGAGGAUCACAAGUCUCAUCCUCAUCUUGAACAUCUGCAACACCUUCUCCUGCCUCACCCAGAUAAUCAACACCGCAAGCAAACAUGGCCAACUACCUCGCCUCAAUCUUCGGCACGGAACAAGACAAAGUCAACUGCUCCUUCUACUACAAAAUCGGCGCCUGCCGCCACGGCGACCGCUGCUCGCGCAAACACGUCAAACCCUCCUACUCCCAAACCAUCCUCCUUCCCAACCUCUACCAAAACCCAGCCUACGACACUCGUGCCCGCUCCAUGGACGCUUCGCAACUACAAAACCACUUCGACGCGUUCUACGAAGACAUCUGGUGCGAGAUGAACAAGUACGGCGAACUGGAGGAGCUAGUCGUGUGCGACAAUAACAAUGAUCAUCUCAUCGGGAAUGUGUAUGCGCGGUUCAAGUACGAGGAGAGUGCGCAGGCGGCGAGUGAGGCGCUGAAUUCCCGGUGGUAUGCAGGGAGGCCAAUAUACUGCGAGCUCAGUCCUGUGACGGAUUUCAGGGAGGCUUGUUGUAGGUUGAACAGUGGGGAGGGGUGCGUGAGAGGGGGGUUCUGCAACUUCAUUCAUCGAAAGGAGCCGAGUGAGGAGAUGGACCGGUCGCUGGAGCUGGCGACGAAAAAGUGGUUGAGGGCGAGAGGCAGGGAUGCGAAGAGCAUGAGUAGGAGUCCCAGUCCGGUGCCGGCCAACCCGAGAUUCUGAGGGAACGUCUGAGGGCAGAAUGGAUCUGAGGCAUCGAACAAGCUAUGCGCGGGGUUUUGCGCAUCGAGCAAGGACGGCAUGAUGGAGUGAGCAGCGUGCAAGCCGAGAGCUUCGCCACGUGCCAUCUCGGGGCAACGUGCAUUGCACAUUGUGGACAGAAGUUAACGUCUGAAUGUAUAGAGAGAGAAAGCGCGCCAAGACUGCAGCGCUAGAUGGUGGAGGGCACACGUAGGGUGCGUUCUGUACGUCGCUACUAGCAUGCCAUCAGAGGCUGACACGAGUAACCCAGAAAGCAACAUAUCUUAUCCAAACGCGACCUUACUGUCUAGCAGUCAUCUCACU